UCUGCCUCUCAUCUAUAUUCUAGAUGCAAACCAACCGAUCCUCUCAAACAAGCAGCAAGCAAAACCAUUUAGCAAACUGAGAGAAAAGCGAUUCAUGGUGUUGGGUGCUGCUGUCUCUCUCUCUCUUUCUCUCUCUCUCUCUCUCUCUCUCUCUCUCUCUACACCGCCUCUCUCUCUCUCUCUCUACUCUGUGGGCAGGAAGUUGCGCUCGAGUCGAGAUAGAGAGACCUUAAAAAAAAAUUUUAAAAACCAAAGAGCGUCCAUUUGACAGCCUGUGAGGGGAAGAGCAGAGAGAGAGAUAGAGAGAGAGAAAGAGACAGAGAGAGAGAUAGAGAGAGAGAUAGAGAGAGGGAAAGAGACAGAGAGAGAGAUAGAGAGAGAGAUAGAGAGAGGGAAAGAGACAGAGAGAGAGAGACAGAGUGAGAGGAGAGACAGAGAGAGAGAGCGAGAGAGAGAGCGAGAGAGAGAGCGAGAGAGAGAGACAGAGAGAUAGAGAGAGAGACAGAGAGAGAGAGAGAGAGAGAGAUAGAGAGAGAGAGAGACACACAAACACACACAGAGAGGAGUUGGUGCCACACUGGGAUUAGACUGGGAAGCUGGCCUGCUGCUGAUGGAGGCAUCGCUGUAGUAACCAUGGCAACCAGCUAACACCUGCAGUCCCGCGGGCCUCGGACCGAACAGAACCUGAAACCUGCUGUCGGAAACCGGAACCAAAACAGAACCCAAAAACACAAAACCCGGAACAAACAAAACCAGAUUAUUUAUUUCCAGAUUUUUUUUUUUUUAUUUUUAUUUAUGGAGAGAGACUCUGAACCCCUCCACCAGGGGGAGCCGCUGGGCAACCAGUACUCGGGAUCCCAGAGUCUGGAAGGAGGAGGAGGGGAGGAGAGGGGUUGGGACAGGGGAGAGAACUGGGGUGAAGGAGUGGGAGAAAGAAGGGAGGGAGGGAGGGACACAGAAGAAGCGGCAGGAGACUGGGAGCCCCAGUACGGGGAUCCGAAUCUGGGGCAGGAUCCCGGAGAGGAGAGGGGUCCGGUGGAGGACAGUGAGCGAGGGGAGGGAUGGGGGCAGGACCUUGCAGAAUUCUGGGGUGAGUCACCCCUGCAGGGGCCGGACCUGCCUCCCUGGGACUUGGGUUCGAGUGGCACAGACGAGGAGCUGCUGGAGCGCUCUGCUGCGUCGGGGGAGCGGGGCAGCUCCGUGGGGGGAGGCAGCCUCGAGAAGCUGAGCGUGACGUGGACUGACAACCCGCUGAGCCGGGGAGAAGAGGGGAGAGAGGGGGGGGCUGAGGGCUCUCACUCCCCCUCUCCUCCUCCCUCGCCCUCCGCAUCCUACUCUCCCUCUCCUCCUACCCCCUCUCCUCCCUCCCCCUCUCCUCCUCCCUCACUCUCUGCAUCCCACUCCCCCUCUCCUCCUGCUCCCUCUCCUCCCUCCCCCUCUCCUUAUCAUUCCUUCUCUCCUCCUGCCCCCUCUCCUCCCUCCCCCUCUCCUCCUUCCCCAUCUCCUCCUCCAUCGCCCUCCACAUCCCACUCUCCCUCUCCUCCUCCCCCCUCUUUUCCCUCCCCCUCUCCUCCUUCUCAUUCCCUCUUUCCUCCUUCCCCCUCUCCUCCUCCCUCGCUCUCCGCAUCCCACUCUCCCUCUCCUCCCUCCUCCUUUCCUUCUCAUUCCCCCUCUCCUCCUCCCUCUCCCUCUCCCUCCACAGCUUUCUGUCAGCUUCCUGUUAAUCAGUCAGACUGUUACACAGAGACAGGGGACAGUGUAACAGGGGACAGUGAGACAGAGGACAUCAUGACAGGGGACAGAGAGACAGGGGGCAGUGUGAUAAGGGACAGCGUGACAGGGGACAGAGAGACAGAGGACAGUGAGACAGGGGGCAGUGUGAUAGGGGACAGUGAGACAGGGGACAGCGUGACAGGGGACAGUGGUUUGGACCGUGAGGAGGUCAGUGACCCGGCUCCUAUCCCAGGCUCUCCAGGACCCAGCGGAGAGGGCGGUCCUGUGCAGGGAGGGGCUGUUGGAGAGAGAGAGGAGGGGAGCAGCGUGCAGGAACAGGAACGAGAGGCCCAGGAUUGUCCCUCUUCCAGCCCUGAGGAGACUCCUCUCACAGAAGCUGCAGAAAUCCACACUGCAGACAGCACUGGAGCUGCUGAGGGGCCCCUGUGUGGCCCGGUCGAGGGGCCCCUGGUCACGGAGGAAGGAGUGAGCGGUAACCACGGCGAUGCCUCGCAGGAGGAGGGGGGAGGGGGAGGAGGAGAGGGCGGAGCCAGGAGAUCUCACCCCUGCGAUGUACUUUGAAGGACUCGACAGCACUGAUAUAGAGAGCAACUCCGGACCCCCCCCAGCUCAGACUGGACUGGGAGAGGCUGUGGGAGAGCCGUCGGGCCAGUCCCCCCCCCACGCCAACGGAACAAAGUGGACAGCGAAGCAGCCCGCAGGCUGGCCGCCCGGCUUUUCAAU